AUGGCCAACAGCUCAAGGGUGUAUAAGAAGACCUGCUCCAAUGGGAAGCUUGCCAUCUACCUGGGGAAACGGGACUUCGUGGACCAUGUGGACAUGGUGGAUCCCAUUGAUGGUGUGGUCCUGGUUGACCCUGAUUACCUAAAAGAUCGAAAGAUGUUUGUCACAUUGACAUGUGCCUUCCGCUAUGGCCACGAUGACUUGGAUGUGAUUGGUCUGACGUUCCGCAAAGAUCUGUACGUACAGGUGCAGCAAGUGUUCCCACCUGAGUCCACCAGCCCCCAAGGGUCCCUCACAGUCCUACAGGAGCGACUGCUGCAAAAGCUGGGGGACAAUGCCUACCCCUUUACCCUGCAGAUGGCUGUUAACCUCCCCUGUUCGGUGACACUGCAGCCAGGGCCUGAAGAUGUAGGGAAGGCCUGUGGGAUUGAUUUUGAAGUGAAGAGUUUCUGUGCUGAAAAUCUGGAGGAGAAAAUCUCCAAGAGAGACUCCGUGCGGCUGGUGGUUCGGAAAAUACAGUUUGCACCCUCAGAGCCAGGCCCUGGCCCCUGUGCCCAGACUACCCGCCGCUUCCUUCUGUCAGCUCAGCCCCUACAGCUGCAGGCCUGGAUGGACAGGGAGGUUCACUACCACGGCAAACCCAUCUCUGUCAAUGUUUCUAUCAACAACUGCACCAACAAGGUCAUCAAAAAAAUCAAGAUUUCAGUUGACCAGAUCACAGAUGUUGUCCUGUAUUCCUUAGACAAGUACACCAAGACCGUGUUCAUUCAAGAGUUCACGGAGACUAUAGCUGCUAACUCCAGCUUCUCUAAGAGCUUCGCAGUAACCCCGCUCCUGGCUGCCAACUGCCAGAAACAGGGCCUGGCGCUGGAUGGCAAACUCAAGCAUGGUGAUACCAAUCUGGCCUCUAGCACAAUUCUUCAACCUGGAACGAACAAGGAGCUCCUGGGGAUCCUGGUGUCCUACAAAGUGAAAGUCAACCUGAUGGUGUCUGGUGGAGGCAUCCUAGGUGACCUGAUAGCCAGUGAUGUUGGUGUGGAGCUGCCCCUGAUCCUGAUGCAUCCAAAGCCAUCACAUGAGGCUGCUAGCUCUGAGGACAUAGUCAUUGAGGAGUUUACUCGGCGGGAGCACCGCGGGGAGGAGAGCCAGGAGGCUGUGGCAGAGGGGGAUGAGGGAAGCUGAGCACCUCGCUCUAGUGCUUCUGGGUGGAAGCCCCACUGUAACGCUCUAAUAAAUCAGCUUGUUCACGACGUGACUGACAAUCUCUUUGGUAUUUCCUUCUCUGGGAGGGUGAUGGCACUCCAGAGAACAGCACCCUCGGCCCCUGUCAGUGACAACUCUGUAGCAUGUACUACACGCUAAGAGCCUAAGCAAGCCCCGACUUCCCUCUGGCAAGGCCACCCGCCCUCUGUGGGUCCUUCAACUUUCCCUCUGGGCCCUGGCUAUCCCUGCCCCCAUCCUACCACCGCAGCACCCCCACCACCCUACUGCCGUGAUCACCCGCCGCUCCAGGCAGGGCCUGGGGGGGAGGCGGCGUGGCCAUGCACUCAGCCUGGGGCAGAGAGCAAGGUGAUGAGCAGAUGGACAGAGAGCACACCACCCACCUGCCGCAAUGUAUACCCUCGCACGCAGGGCCCACAGCGAGGCCAGAGGCUUCUCCUG